CGAUCGCGGAGGCGCCGGAAUACGGUAAGCAGCGGUGGCCUCUCCGGUCCCCGGUAUCUCUUUCUCCCGUGACUAAAAAAAUCCGAGCCUUUCUUCCUCCCCUGCGCCGCUCCAGCCAGUGCAGCUGCUCGCAACCGUGUCAGCCAAUGACCACUAUAUAAACCGCCCUCCUCCCCCGCUUUCUUCCUUACCAACACAUCAUCAGCCAAGUGUAAAGGGGUGCAAAGAAGCAGUAGCGAGAGGGUUCCGUUCUCGUGUUCUUGGAGUGAUCCAUCGAGCUGUUGUUUCUUUUGGAGACGGAGGGAGACUGUGAGAGAGCGUCAAUGGCGACCGCCGGGAAAGUGAUCAAGUGCAAAGCCGCGGUGGCAUGGGAGGCCGGCAAGCCGCUGUCGAUCGAGGAGGUGGAGGUGGCGCCGCCGCAGGCCAUGGAGGUGCGCGUCAAGAUCCUCUACACCGCGCUCUGCCACACCGACGUCUACUUCUGGGAGGCCAAGGGGCAAACUCCGGUGUUCCCGAGGAUCUUAGGACACGAAGCUGGAGGCAUUGUGGAGAGCGUUGGAGAGGGUGUGACCGAGCUUGCACCGGGCGACCAUGUCCUCCCGGUGUUCACCGGUGAGUGCAAGGAGUGUGCUCACUGCAAGUCAGAGGAGAGCAACAUGUGUGACCUCCUCAGGAUCAAUGUCGACAGAGGUGUGAUGAUCGGCGAUGGGAAGUCCCGCUUCUCCAUCAACGGGCAGCCUAUUUUCCACUUUGUUGGGACAUCCACCUUCAGCGAGUACACCGUCAUCCAUGUUGGGUGCCUUGCCAAGAUCAACCCUGAGGCGCCUCUUGACAAAGUUUGUGUUCUCAGCUGUGGUAUCUCAACAGGUCUUGGUGCAACACUCAAUGUCGCAAAACCGGUGAAGGGUUCGACUGUGGCAAUUUUCGGUCUUGGAGCUGUAGGCCUUGCUGCCAUGGAAGGUGCGAGGCUGGCUGGGGCAUCAAGGAUCAUUGGUGUGGACCUGAACCCAGCAAAAUAUGAGCAAGCUAAGAAUUUUGGCUGCACUGACUUUGUGAACCCCAAGGACCACGACAAGCCAGUGCAAGAGGUGCUCAUAGAGAUGACCAAUGGCGGCGUCGACCGCAGCGUGGAGUGCACUGGCAACGUCAACGCCAUGAUAUCUGCCUUCGAAUGUGUUCACGAUGGCUGGGGUGUUGCCGUGCUGGUCGGUGUCCCGCACAGGGAGGACCAAUUCAAGACCCACCCAAUGAACUUCCUGAAGGAGAAGACUCUCAAGGGAACCUUUUUCGGCAACUACAAGCCCCGCACCGACCUGCCCAAUGUCGUGGAGAUGUACAUGAAGAAGGAGCUCGAGGUGGAGAAGUUCAUCACCCACAGUGUGCCGUUCUCCGAGAUCAACACGGCCUUCGACCUGAUGCUUAAGGGGGAGGGCCUGCGCUGCAUCAUGAGGAUGGAGGACUAGAGCUUGAUUGCCAGGAACCUCUCUUGGCAACUACUCUGUUGCAUAAGAGAGGAGGACAUCAGAAGUUGAAGGCGCUCCAUUGUGAAGUAGUAAUAAUGUGGUCCUGAGAAACGUACAUUGCCCACCCCUGUAUUCUGUUUCACGGUUUCAUCUUUAUUGUCGGUGUGUGGUCACUGGUCAGGUUUCGGCUCUGAAAAACAAAAGAAGUUUGUGGUCAGGUUUCAGAAUCCCUGUAAUUACCAUUUUGCACAAAGAUAAUGAAGUGUUGUCAGUGUUGAUAUUCC